AUGAUGAAGUCUCUUAUAAAUAAAUAUAAUAAAGAUGAAGAAAAAAAAAAUAAUAUAAUAAAUAAAAAAAAUGAUAUUGAUAUAGAAAAUUUAACUGUCAAUGGAAUAAGUAUAAAUGAUAUAAACAUAAAUGAUAUAGAAGAAAGAAUAAUAGAUACAAAUGAAACAAAAAGAAAGAAAAGUGGAAAUGCAGUUGAAUAUUAUUUAUUUGAUGUAAGAUCAUACAAUAGUAAUUCUAACAUAAAUAGUGAAAAUUUUGUAGAUUUAAGUACUAUAAAAUCUAGUUAUUUAUCAGAAAAUAGAAAAAAAAAAGCAAAGAAGAAAAAAAGUAAUUAUAUAAAAAAGCAACUUAAAUUAUAUAAAAAAAAGUAUAAAAUUUUACCAGAACAUAAUCUAGAUCAGGAUACAAAUUACGAAGAUUCUAUAAAAAACGAAAAUAAGAAUUAUAAAAAAUAUGAUUUAAAAGAAAUAAAAGAAGAUAAUGGGAAUAAUGAUUUUAUACAACCAAAACAUAAAGAUUCUUUUGAUGUAAAGAAUGAUGUGUUUUUAAGUGUUAUAAAAUUUAUUAUUCUUGUUUCCUCUAUAUUCUCAUUAGGAUCGUUCAGUACAACUAUAACAAAAUAUAUUAUUUUUGUGAAAAAAUUUAAUUAUACCCAAAUCGUAACAUUUUUUGAAUUUCUAAUUAUGUAUAUAAUAUUAAGAAUAGUUAUUUUCUUUUUGAGAAUGAAAAGUUCAACAGAUUUAUCGAGGAGGGAUUAUAUAAAAUAUAUCAUUUCAAUUUCAGCAUUACUAGGAUUAAGUGUUAUAACUGGGAAUAGUGCAUAUUCAUAUUUAGAAAUUCCUAUUAUUUCAGUUUUUAAAUCAAGUUCUCUAAUAUUAAUAUAUUUUUUAUCAAUCCGAUUUGGCUUGAAAGAAUUCAAAUGUUCCUUAUUAUGCUCAAUUCUUACAAUUUUAAUGGGGGUUAUUAUGAGUAUUACUACAUUAAAAAUAGAUAGCUUUUUUGGCAUAUUUCUACUAGUGAUUUCAGUUAUUUCAUCUUCAUUUAAGUGGGUCUUUACGAAUAUUUUAUUAAAAUCAACAACAAUUAAGCCACAUAUAGUUCUACUACAUAUAUAUCAAGUGGCUAUACUUAUUAUACUGUUACCAAGUGUUUUUAUUGAUUUAACCAAUAUUAUUAAAGAUUACAAUAGUAAGGCUUUAACUAUUGAUCAAAUUUAUACAUCUAUGAUACUAGUAGCUCUUGGUGCUAUAACGAGUAUAUUUUUAAUUUUAGCUGAAUUCACAUUGAUAUCACAUACUUCAUCUGUCACAUUAAGUAUAGUAUUUAUUGGAAGAGAAGCAAUUAUUUUAAUUAUUGGAUCGAUAUUUUUUGGUGAAAAAAUUAAUCUUAGUUCAUCUAUUGGUAUAGGUAUAUCUAUGAUUGGUACAGUUUUGUAUGGUUAUGCAUCAAAAUAA